ACAGGAGUGACAGCGAACAGAAGGAGAGAUAAAAGUUUCCAUUGCGUCGUACGAGCCGGGGGACCAUAUCUGAGUGGCUGCUGCUCGCUCCUGGGACUAAUUUAUUGAUUCGGCAGCAGUGCAAGAUCCAGAAGGAUUUGAGUGGCUGGCGCGACUUGCUGUUGGGCGAUGAUUGACCAAACGACCUUCCAACGGUGAAUUUCCUUCAGCUGAAACGCAAACAAGGAAAGAAAGAGAAACAAAGAACAAAGAACAAAAGUCCAUGUUAGAACGAAAACGACAUGAAACUCUUCAAAUCGUGAGACUCUGAUAUUCUUCUUUUACUUGCGAGAAUCAUCAUCUUCAUCAUCAUCAUCAUCGACCAUCACCACCGGGAAGGAAAGAAACUCCUGGACUCGACCCGACUCGACUUGACUCGAGAUCAAAGCCCCCGACUUUUGAACCAGGUGGAAACGUCUUCCUACAAACUCCCGGAGAUGGAACUUUGGGAACUUCCGGGGCGGAUCCGCUGCUACGCUACGAGAUACUUGAGAGAGAUCAUCCUCGGCCGGGGCGGAAUCGAGCUUGUUGGAGUUCGUGUCCGGGGCAACGAACUGAGUGGUGGCAGCAGCAGGAUCGAGAGGAGCAACGCUGGUAGCCGAGCCCGGCGGCGUUUGAGACGCGAGCUCCUCCGCCUUGUGCUGCUGCUUCAUGGCUUGGGCCAGCUUUCGACUGCUCGCCGAGACCGGGAAGACAAAGUAACAGGACAAAGCCAUGGCCAACAAGAGGAAAACCACGGCAUUCUUCGAGCUUCUCUCGGCCAUACUUCCGCUGACAACUUUCGGGGGAAACGAAACCAGCAACGACAAGAGCAAGCAAACAAAACGUUGGAGAUGAAUUCUCGGCCGAAAGCGAGGAGGAAGCAGAACAAGAGAGAAAGUAAAAACGCUUGGAAGAAAUUCUUUGGGGACGGCAGUAUUUAUACUCCCCAAUCUCCUCAUCAAGGAGGCGAGAGCGUACACACACAUGAAGCGAGGCUUUUUAAUCUGACCUCCAAAGUACACUGA